GUUCUAGAGAGAGAAAAAAAUCUUAUCUCUGUGAUGAUGUUUCCACGGCAAUGACAGAACAAAGAUCUUUCUUUUUCUCUCUGUGUCAGGAACUUACCUCUUUGAAGUUAUAAUAAUAUUCGUAAAUCCUUUGAUCCUCCUCAUAUUAUAUAAAUUAAUCAGAGAAAAGUAUUUCAUUAUCCCUGUCAUCUUCAUCUUGUAGAAGUGAAGCUCGUCAAGGUGAAACAGAGUUUCUCUGAAUCAUCCUCUGUUUGGAACAGAGUUUCUCUGAAUCGAAGUAGCGACUCGUGUUUUUGAUUCCAUGGCUUUGACUUCGUGCCUAAAGACUGGAGUAGUUCCGAUGUCUCCAACCACCGGGUUGUAUCUUUCCGGCAGCCUCUUGAAGUCGGACAGUGGCUUCGCCGUUCCGACGAAGUUACAGAGCAUUCGAAAAAGUGAUAGAGAGAGGUUGAGAAUCCAAGCCGUGUUCAGCUUUCCUCCUGCGUUCCUAACAAGAAACGGUCGAGCAGAGAAGCAGAAGCAGCUGAAGCAAGACCUUCUCGAAGCCAUUGAGCCUCUCGAACGUGGCGCCACCGCCUCGCCUGAUGACCAGCUUCGGAUCGAUCAGUUGGCGCGUAAAGUGGAAGCAGUGAAUCCAACCAAGGAGCCUCUGAAGUCUGAUUUGCUCAAUGGGAAAUGGGAGCUCAUUUACACAACCUCUGCUUCUAUUCUCCAGGCUAAGGUUAGAACUUGUGUUCUUCUUUUGUUGUUGUCUUAUGUUUUUUUUUUCUUUUUCUUGGCUUGUUGUGUUAUUUCUCUCCGUUUCUUUAAACAAUUCAAACAGAAACCGAAGUUCUUGAGAUCAGUAACAAACUACCAGUCUAUCAAUGUGGAUACCCUCAAGGUUCAAAACAUGGAGACUUGGCCUUUCUUCAACUCGGUAACUGGAGACAUAAGACCCCUCAAUUCAAGGAAGGUCGCUGUGCAGCUCAAAGUGUUUAAAAUUCUCGGCCUUAUUCCUGUAAAUGCACCUGAAACCGCACGUGGUGAACUAGAGAUUACUUAUGUGGACGAGGAACUACGGUUGUCAAGGGGUGACAAGGGCAACUUGUUUAUAUUGAAGAUGUUUGAUCCCACUUACCGAAUCCCUCUCUGAAGCCAAAUGGUUCCAAGCCCAUCAUACAAAUAUACAUACCCCCAUCGCUUGUUCUGUCUCUCUCUUCAUCAUCAUAUGUAUAGAAGAAUGUUUCUUCUUCUACAAACAUAAAAUCUUAAUAAGAUCAAAACAAGAGUCUCAAAUUUUAACUUGGUUCUGAUAGACAUUGCAUUGUAAUCAGAUUUAAAGCUCAAAACUCUGAUAAUCGUUUA